UGCAGAGGGACCUAACGCGCGUCCUGAGGGAGCGAGGGGAGGACUUGCAAACUGACAAACUAUACCGUCAGUGCUCCCCUUUCUCUUCUCCCGUAAUAAUUUGUGAGUGACGUGUUGCCAUUUGCGGUGAGGGUACAAACCUGCAGGAGCAUUCAACAUGCCGGUCCGUACCGAGUCCUGUCCCAGCUCUUCAGCGGCCUACAUAUCCUCGGCCUCUCUUAUCCCCCCUCCGCCCAUAAACACGCAACAACCCGGCGUCGUCACAUCGCUCCUUUACAGUGGCUCACAGUUUCGGGGACACCAGAAGAGUAAAGGGAAUUCAUAUGAUGUGGAAGUAGUUUUGCAGCAUGUAACCAUGGAGGACUCCUAUUUAUGUGGAUACCUAAAGAUCAAAGGUCUAACCGAGGAGUACCCAACUCUCACCACGUUCUUCGCUGGGGAGAUCAUCAGCCAAAAACGCCCAUUUUUAACACGCAAAUGGGAUGCUGAUGAAGACGUGGACCGUAAACACUGGGGGAAAUUCCAGGCGUUUUAUCAGUACGCAAAAAGCUUCAACUCGGAUGACUUUGAUUAUGAAGAACUAAAGAACAGCGACUUUGUUUUCAUGCGAUGGAAGGAGCAGUUCUUAGUGCCAGAUCACACAAUCAAAGAUAUCAGUGGAGCUUCCUUUGCAGGAUUUUAUUACAUUUGCUUCCAGAAAUCCACAGCCACCAUUGAGGGCUACUACUACCACAGAAGCUCUGAAUGGUAUCAGUCUCUCAACCUGACCCAUGUCCCUGAACACAGCGCACCCAUCUAUGAGUUUCGGUGACAUUUCAGCCCUUCUAGGGCUGGUAGAGGGGGACUUUUUGAUGGACAGAGGAACGAAAGAGAGGGAAAGAUGAAUGGCCUAAUCAUGCCAAGGCACACCGCUCUCUCUUCAGUGAGAGAAUGACAAAGAUGGACACAUGCAUGGAGAGAGGGAAUGAUGAAAGGAUGGAUGGAUGGAGAACUCUUUCACUGACCUAGGCAAAUCUUUACAGGCCACAGAUGGAGAGAACAUGAGCUGGGGUUUGCAACAGUGUUAUUGGUUGUUUUUUUUUUCCCCCCCGUCAUUCUUUCUAUUUAAUUUCCGGGUUUGAAAGCUUCUGUCCUUACACCUUUUUGAAAACUUUUUAUGUUUUUGGAUGAAAGUCUCACUUUCUUUUUCUGUUUUACGAAGAAGCCAAUUGCUGAAGUGAUUUUUGCCUUGUCUUUUUUUUUAAGAAAAGAAAAAAAAAGGUUAAGCAUGGUGAAAUGAGAUUUCAGUACAUGGGGAACUGGAAAAAAAAGAUUUUUAAUUUAUUUUUAAUUUGUCUGUAUGAAAGGAAUGAGGCCUAUGGGACUGGUAGAGCUGAAGAUAGAAUAGAUCAAGUCUGAGCAGAGCAAGGAGAGACAGUCAUCCAGAUUUUGCAGUAGAUUGAUGAUUCCCUGUCUGGAGUUUGAAGUCUGGAAAAAAGACUGACUUGUGUAAGGUCGGUGUCAGUGAUUCGUGUAACUGAAGGCCAUUGCUGUGGCUGGCUGCUUGCAGGGGUUUUGUUAAGAAAGCCACAAAAGCACUUACUCUUGCUCAGUCCACUUUUUCUGAGGCAUGGUGUGAUUUUAAUUCUGAAAACGAAAGAGAGAGUGAAAGAAGAUAUAAUCCUGUAUCCUAUUGCGGUAAUCAUCGUGUGGCCGCUUCAGAGUUGAACGUGCCUGCCCUCUCGUUCUCGGAAAAAAAAAAAAAAAAAAAAGGAAAAACUGCUCUUUUCAUUUUGCUAUGCAACGUUUUUAAAAAAAAGAAAAAUCACAGCUUCUCAACAUUCAGCAUUGCUAAAAGUUCAUACAGUUUAUUUUAAAACAAAAAAUCUCUUUAAAAGUAUUUUUCACUAAACUAAUGACAGCCAUAAGAGUAUUUAUUAAUAUGCACACAGAUGUUAAUUUGCAUACCUGAGUAGAUGUAGAUUAUAUCAAGUGAUACAUGUGGGAAUGUUGUUUGUUUUACCUUUGAAAGUGACAGAAUUGAAUCUGGAAUGCAGGGAGAUUAGUCCAGCAGGCAGGCAAGUUUUCUGUGGAGAAUUUUGAUAGUGGCUAAGAAAGAACAAGUUGAGAUAGCGAACAAAGCCGGUUGUCCUCCAGGUAAACGACCAGAUUCAACCAUUCAACUUUGGCAAGUCCAGUUUCCUGUUCCUGUCGGAUGGCCCUUUUGAGAUGGUCGGUUUGGAUGUGAGCUGUUAACCUGUAAUGAGUGACACAGGCAUAAAAACAAGUCCCUUCUCUAUUGACUGUGAGAGAGAGGCACAGAAAAAUGCAUGUAACACUGUUUGUGUAAAGGGUCUUUCAAGUUCAACUCUUAAUUCUAGUCAUGCACAACUGGUGUGAUCCAUGUUUAAUUGACAUAAAGGAGCGUUUCGGCGUUAUUAUUUCUUUCGAAGGAAAAUCUUUUGAGACAAACGUUUGUAGAUUGAAUAAAAACAUUUGCGGAAAAAAAAAUUAAAUGAAUCCUUCUGAGCUUUAGUAAAAACCCCUUUGCCUUAAAAGUUCAGCGUUUGUACAUAGUACCAUUUUUGUAAGCAUUCAUGUUGACCAUGUGGUGGUUUCCUUAUUGAUGGAAAGGCGUCGUUUGAAUGAGACAUGUAUGUAAGUUUGAAAGUGUUUAAGCAUCUGUUACAAGGAAUGAUAAGAAUAAAGAAGUUGUACGUCCCCAGCCAAAAGUCCCUCUGAACCUUGAAAAGUUCCUGGGUAAACAAGCCCCCAAUUUAUAUCGUACUAUGGUUCAAGCUCCUUGGCUUGAUGGCUGAUAUAAAGUGAGUGUUCACCUAAACUGAGGUGAAAAGUGUCAAGAAUACAUACCUCAGGUGCAUAUUUAGUUCUUAUAUUUUGUCAUACGUCACCUUUAAUCAGCCUCCAACAGUGAACUACUGCAACCUAGCCUAUGCGUAUGGAGGGUGGGGGAUGGCUAGGGACAGGAGGAGUGGGGAAUGGGUCGAGUUCACAAGAGGGCAUUUAGGUGGUGACCGAAAGUAAACCUGUGUUCAGCAUCACAAUGGGUCUUGCAAGUGUUUUUCUUCUGUUGUGUUUAAGGGAGUUGUGAA